GAUACACAUACACAUACACAUACACAUGCAUACCACUUGUGUACUUGUGUGUGAGGCUGUGGCACGACUUGCUCUUGGACUCUGCAUCGCCAAAUCCACUUGAAUCCACGAAAGAGAAAUUUCACUUUGCAGUUGUCGUUUGUUGCAGUUUCUUUUGCCGCUGAUGUUGCAGCUGCCCUGCUGUUGCAAACUGUUUUUGUGUUUUUUUCACAACACUCUCGCUCCUCGUUGUGUGAAAAGUGAAAUGCCAUCGAGCUGACGACAGACGUAAUCAUAACGAGAAUUCAUUCAACAGCAGAACAGAAACAAAAGCGAUCGAGCAAAAGCAGCGACAAUGAUGGCCAACACGAGGAGCAGAUGCCCGAGAAGCAGCCAGAGCCUCAAAACCCCAACAACAAGAGCAGCUUCCAUUAGCAGAAAAUCAGGAAUAACAUUGCCAAAAUCACCAUCGACAGCAGCUACAAGAUCGGCCACAAAUCGAUUGCUAAUCGGUGGCUGCCUGCUGCUCACUCUGCUGUCCGUGGCCACCCUGGCCAUGGGCAUGCCCCAGCAGGAAGCGCCAGCUGCCACUCAAAAUGCGGAGGAGUUCCCAGAGGAAGAUGGUGACAUGCUGAUGGAGCCGAACGACUUUACCCCCAUUACGGUGCUGCGCUCGCAGGAGCAGCACUUCCACAUGCCGCCCACCACCCAGCUGCAGCCGAGGCAGUUCCAGGCACCCAUCCAGCAGGAGCCAGAGCAAGAGCAGUUCCGUCCCAUUGCCAAUCCGAACACGAAAGUGGCUCUGGUGGCCCGCUCCGAUGUGGGCGCCGACUCGCACAGCCAGGCGGCCCAGAACUUUUAUCCCCCGUUCUACCACGAGGCACCGCCACUGGGCCACUCGCGGCCCUACUUUGGACACGGACACGGCACUGUCUCGGAGAGCACACCCCUGUCGCUGCCACUGCCGCUACUGGCGCCGGGACAACAUCCGCAACAGCAGCCGCAGCAGGUGCCGGUGCAGCCUCUUCCACAUCCUCUUCCUCAUCCACAGCAGCAGUCGCAGGUGCAUCCGCAGCAGCGUAACUUCGAUGCCAGCAUUCUGGGUAGCGGUGACUUUGGAGUGCUGAGGGGCGGCACCUUCUACCCGGAGGAGGAGAUGCCCUACCAUCCGGAGGACAACAGCGACUACAUCUACGGGGACGCAAACAACGGACACGGACGGCCCAGCGAGGGCUUUGUCCAGAAGUACACCUACCCAGAGGAGCAAUUUGCCAACUUCCGUGACUUUGCCGACAUCAAUACCCCAGCGGACUCGGCAUUCUCCCAGUUCGUGGUGGUGUAUGCGGCCAAGAAUGCCACCGCACCCAGCACACAUCCCCACCCGAAGAAUAUUUUUGAGCAGCUGGAGCUGCUCGACCGGGAGAAGGCACUCGAGGAGGAGUCGGCCCGGCAGAAGCAGUCGCCCGGCAAAUACGCUGGCAAGGCCAAGAUCACCUCCAAGUCCAAGUCCAAGCUGGCCAAGACGAAGUUGCAGAAGAAGUAUCGAAAGAAGGCGAGUCCCAAGGCGGAUCCACUCGAACUGGAGCCACUCCUGGCUCUCAGCUAAGCGGUGCGAUCUGAUCCGAUCCGAUCCGAUCCGAUCCGAUCUGUGUGCCGCUGUGUGACGGCAGUCGAAUCAUUUCCAUUUCUCUCCACUGUUAGUUUUAUUUAUU